AUGAAUGAGUCAUAUAUAAAACUAAUAAUAUCGAAUAAUAGUAAACACAAAAAUAUUGAAGAUGCCUUUAAUUAUAUGUGCCAAGAAUUUUACAAUAAACCCAAUGAUGAAAUAUCCAAAGAGCCAUUGGGUGAACUUCUUUAUAUAGGAGUCAUAAUUCAAAAAAAUGAUAAAACAUGUAAUAAUAUAAAAUAUAUAAAAAACUGGAUUGACACUUGUAAAAAUUUAAAUAUUCAUCCAGAUAUUAUUAUUAAUGAAAAUAAUUCGGAAAUUUCAACUUUGGCACAUAAAUUCAAACUACUACAUGAACAUAUUUUGGAUGAUGAAUUUAAGGUUGUAUCCAAGAGGCUGAUAGUUAAAAGAAGAAAAUGUGACGACCAAAAUGGCGGAAAAAAUUGCGGAAAAAAUUGCGAGCAAAAUGACCCCAUUGAAAUUGCCAAUUCACACACUAAUGAUGUAGAAAUAAAAGAAAGCAAAUCUGGUGAUAUACAAUUUAUCAACAUUGAUAGUAACGCAAUCGAAUUAUGUCAAAUAAAAGAAGAAAAUAAUAAUAUAUGUUUUUUUAUUAAUAAUGCAUUUUAUGAUAUAGAAGGAAUAAUAUACCUUAUAGAAUUUCCCUUAUCAAUUUCUCAGAAAUAUAUUAACAAAAAAUUAAAUUUAAAAAUCCAAGUUAGCGAAAAUAAUACUAUAGAAAAACAAAAACAUAAUUAUUUUUUAACUGAAAAAAAUGCAAAUGAUUUGAAAAAUAUUUUUAAUUAUCCUUCUCCAUUAUUAAAUAAUAUAAAUUGGUCUUCUACAUUUACCUCUGGAAUUUUACAAGAAAAAAAAAAAAAUAAUAAUAAUAAUAAUAAUAAAAGUAAAGAAUAUAAUGAUGAUCAAAAUUAUAACCAAUCCAAUGAUAAUAAUGAUGAUGAAGAAAAUGAUCAUGAAAAUAAUUAUAUAGACACAGAAAAAAAUUUCCCAUUACAUGUUAAUUUAUAUAACAUUUGUACAUCUUUACAUAAAUAUGAUGAAUUUAUGCAAAGUUCAAAUAAAAGUAACAAAAGUUAUAAACAAAUAAUUUUACAUAAGCCUAUUAUAAUUAUUAAACCAUUAAAUAUAAAAUGUAAAAUUGUAAAUCAUUAUUUAUAUGUAGAAAUUGAAAAUAUAACAAAAAAUCAUAAAAUACAAAUUUUUGAAUUAUUUUCAAGAUCAAUUAAUAUUGAUAAUAAUAUAUUUCCAUUUUCAUUAAACCCUGAAGAUACAUAUUCAUUUUAUUUUCCAAUUAUCAAUUUUGUAGAAAUUAUUACAUUAAAUAAUGUAAAGGUUGACAAUAAACAAUAUAAUAAAAAAAAAAACUCACAAGAAAAUAACAAUAAAAAUAUGAUUAAUUCAACUCUUUUUUCUUAUAAUGAAGAUGAAAGAAAUAACAUUCACCAUAAAUAUACCCAACCAAAUGAUGUUAUACAAAAAUAUAAAAAUGGAAAUGAAAUUUUAACACUCCGAAUGAAUAAUGAUAAAACUAUUGUUUCAUUAUCUUUAAAAUGGUGUAUUGAUAAUUCAUUAAAUAAUUAUAUAUGGUCACAAUAUUUUUUAGAAGAACAAAUGCCUUCUCAAAAUUUAUUCGAUUUAGAAGUUUCAUUUGUUAAAGAAAUUAAUUUUUCAUCUAUAUUAAUAGCUAUUUUUAAUUUUUAUAAUAAUUCAUAUGAAGAUAUAGAUUUAACUAUUAAAAUUCAAGAAACAAAUAAUAAUAUUAACAAUCAAAUACAAUCAUCACUUAUAUCAUUUAAUUCCAUAAUCGAGGUUGGUAUUAUUAAACCUCAACAGAGAAAGUCAGUUAGUAUUAAAUUAUUAGCUAUUAUGUUGGGGGCUCAUAAUUUACCCUUUGCUAAAAUAUUUAACAAAUUUAAUGGAAAAACAUAUUUUAUCGAUCUUGGCUCAAUUAUUGUAACGGAGUAA